CCAUUUGCCGGUGCUGGAUGCUGGAGCAGGUUUGGGGAGCCAGGGUGGUUGCUGUCGGUUGCGGACGUCGCUCUAUUGCUCUGGGUAGUUGUCAUUGUCGAAGGAUCGGGUGGCAUCUGUGCCGCCUGGUUGGAGUCCCGGGAGUGUAUGGUACGCAAACGUACGGAGGUUUGGGAUCGUCUCCGUCCGCGGUGUUUGCUUGUCGUUAGUCGCAGCCUGGUGGAUGAGCGGUGGCUCGCCGGUCUGGGUUGA